AUGGCAGCGCAUAAUAAUGAAGUAAAUCCCCGAUUUGUUGAUGAUAUUCAAAAUGAGCCGAAGCAAAUGUUGGCACCCAUAACGCUCUAUGAAAAGCAACCACUUGUUUCAUUAGAAGAGGCUAUUGAGCCACUUCUUACUAUUGUCAGUGAUCUUCGAUCAAAAGUUUGGGUGGCGAAACAGAACUCAAAAACACCUCGAGAUGGCCUCAUUCAAGACGAAUCAGCAUUCGAUCGACGACAACUUGUUCCGUGGUCUGCUUAUUUAAAGUUAUUACUCACAGCUCUCUGGAAAUUACCCACUGUAACAGACACCGUUUGGCGAGGUGUUAGAACCAAUCUGAGUAAUGACUACAAACGAGAUACAAUUUGUACAUGGUGGGCUGUAUCAUCAUGUACAUCAUCGAUCGAAGUUCUAGAAUCGUCAGUAUAUGUCGGAAAUACUGGUCAAAGAACUAUAUUUUCUAUUCAAUGUCAAAGGGGAAAAAGGAUUCGACAUCAUUCGUAUUUUCAGAAAGAGGAAGAAAUAUUAUUAAUGCCAGGUACUUAUCUCAAAGUUGUGAGCCAAAUGAACGCAGCUGAUGGGUUACAUAUUAUUCAUUUGAAAGAAAUAGAACCUCCUAUUCAAUUGUUGUUGCCUCCGUUUGACACUUCAAAAAACCCAUCCGUCACCCCAUCGCUCAUCAGUUCAUUUUCAUCAUCAAAUGUCAAUGAGCACAAUGGAAUAUGUUCGAAAAAUUUAAAGUUUUCUAUGCCAAAAACAAAUGAUGAAUUUGUACAUUUGGUUUGGCUAGCAGCGAAUAGUGAAAACAACAUACAAAUAAAAAUUGAAUUACAAAACCUCUACCGCUCAUUCGAUACAUUUGAUACAAUUGAUCGAUGUGAUGCAUAUAUCCGAGAAAACCGAGAAAAAACAAUUGUUUUGAUUGUUAGCGGACGGUUCGGUCGAGAAAUUGUCCCAAGAAUUCAUGAUUUAUCACAGCUAAAAUCGAUUUAUGUUUUUUGUAUGGACAAAGCAGAACAUGAAAAAUGGGCAAAACAUUACAAAAAGAUACGGAGCUUAUUAACUGAUUCAGCGAGCUUAAUUCAAACUAUUAAUAAAAACGAGUUAAAACAAUUACAAUAUCAGCGAAGCACUGAAGUUCCAAACAGGAGUUUACCCAGCCGUCGAAUGAAUGAUUCGGAAUUAAAUAAUUCUCAACUACAAGAUGGAAUCACCGACAUACAACGAGAUAAAGAGCUUCUAAAAUCUCGAAUCGAUUUAUUGCAACGAAAACUCGAAUCUGAAGAAACUUCAUCACUUAGCUUACAUGAUCAACUUGAAGAACUCGAAAUGCAGCUGGAAGAAGAAGAUCGUUUACAAAAAGUCAGAGAUUUUAGAGAAUCUCAGCGAUGGGAACGAAUCCAGCAGUUAGCCGCUCGUACAAUAAUGAGUCCAUCUAUAAGAAAAACAUAUCCUAAUAAAAAAUAA